GUAUACUCCCAAGAAUAUCUUGAAGAGAACUGCUACAGCGUUUACCAGAGGUUCCAAGAGGACCAAUGAUGAAAACUGCUCCAUCCAACCGAUUCCUGACUUGGAAAAACAGCACCCUUCAGAUUCUUCCACUAUGAAUGAGUAUGAACCGAAGGCCACUCCUUGUUCUGAUGAGUUUGUGAGCUUUGCUGACCCCAGAAUUGUGGAUAGCCAGAGCGAUGAUGCCAGUCCUUUGCCAGAAAGAUUUUCCUUCUUCACCACCAACCAAGGUGAAACCAUCCACGCUCCUGACAUCCCUUCCUUGACAGAAGUGGAUCAGUCUAUAAGAGAAGUGUUCAAUAAUGGUGAAGGAACAUGGUGGUUGGACUGUACAUGUCCAACAGAUGCUGAAAUGAAGGUUCUUUCAAAAGCUUUCGGACUUCACCCUUUGACAUCGGAAGAUAUCAGAGUCCAGGAAAGUCGUGAAAAAGUCGAAUUGUUCAGGAACUAUUACUUUGUGUGUUUCCAUACCUUUGAGCCAGAUAAAGAGUCUGAAGAUUACCUUGAGCCUAUUAACGUGUACAUGGUGGUAUUCAGAGAAGGCAUAUUAUCGUUCCACUUUUCUCCAGUUACUCAUUCUGCAAAUGUUAGAAGAAGAGUCCGUCAAUUGAGAGAUUACGUUGAUGUAAGUGCAGACUGGAUCUGUUACGCUAUCAUCGAUAAUAUCACCGAUGGUUUCGGUCCAGUGAUCACUGCCAUUGAAUAUGAAGCUGAUGCUAUUGAGGAUUCGGUACUUGUUGCCAGAGAGACUGACUUUAGUACCAUGUUAAAGAGGAUUGGUGAGUCGAGAAGAAAAGUUAUGACAUUAAUGAGGUUAUUGUCUGGUAAAGCAGACGUCAUUAAGAUGUUUGCUAAAAGAUGCCAGGACGAAGUAUAUUCGUUGGCACAUUCCCAAUCUCAGGCCAACUUGGAUAACAGCAACCACUAUAAUUCUCCUUCACCUGCUCCUGUAUCUACGAAUGUUACUGCCCCCCUUGGCUUUAGUCAUGAUGGAACUGGGGGUAUCAGUUUUGGCCCAAAUCCAGGUGCUCCUCCAAAUAUGGUAUCGCCGCUUCAAUACCAAUUUCAGCCAUCCAGUGCAAACAUAACCCAACCAAGAGGUGAAAUCGCAUUAUACUUGGGUGAUAUCCAGGAUCACGUGGUUACCAUGUUUCAAAACUUGUUGGCAUACGAAAAAAUCUUCAGUAGAUCUCAUGCCAACUACUUGGCUCAAUUGCAAGUGGAAUCGGUCAACUCCAAUAACAAUGUCACCGUAAUGUUAUCUCAAGUCACCUUAUUGGGAACCUUGUUACUUCCCUUGAACGUGAUUACUGGUUUGUUCGGUAUGAAUGUCACCGUUCCAGGUCAAGCUACAGGUCAACUUCGUUGGUUCUUUGGUAUCGUGGGAGUGAUGGUUUGCAUCGUAACGUUUUUCUUCAUAUUUGCAAGAAUCUGGUUGAAGAGACUUUUGAAUCCUGCACCGAUGGCCCAUGCUCCAACUUCAACCAGAAGGUCUAUAAGAAGCCUUGGGCUCAUAAGAGGAAAGGCGAGGUCAAUCGCAAGUUUCCCUGGAUACGAAUAGGUGCUUUGAUGUAAUGUUUUUAUUUAUUGAAAGCAGUGCUUCUGCUUAGUACAUUAUUUAGUAUGUAAUGGUAAUGAAAUGUUUCAAAGAUUAUUUUUUGUACUUCUUACUUUUCUUUUCACUCGUGGAUUCGGUGACUUUGACCCAGAUAGUUUUAUCAUCAUUUUCUUCAUUAGUUUGCGGUUUGUAUCCUUUCAUGACCUCUUUUCUCCAGUCCUCCAACAUCUUCUUCUUCUUCUUAUACUUCCGUCUGUCUUUCACCCUCAACUCCUGGGGUCUGUAUGGAGCAAACUUCUUGAUACCAAUGAACGAAUUCAACUGUUGAUCAUCAGCUAUCAAAAUGUCUCGAGUAGUUAAACCAAACGAUUCA